ACUCUGCGCUCAGUUGGUUUGGACGUGUUGACGCACAACAGCUAACCACAUUUAUUUUUUUGCUUCGUAUCGUGUUCUUUGAGCCGCUCUUCAACGGCGUACAGCGUGUGAAGCGGAGAGCAAAAGAACAACAAACAAAAGCUGUUGUUGUAGCGUGUUCUUGGCUAUGAAAAUGAUUGGCAGCGAUUACGUACUGGAAGCGCACAACAUAUUCCACACCACCGAGGUGGACGGUGGUGGGUGCUUCAAUGGAGCCGGCAAUUCAGCGCUGGUGCUCAAAGGCGUCAAUCUCACCGUGCACAGCGGCGAAGUGAUGGCCAUACUUGGCUCCAAGGGCAGCGGUAAGCGUGCUUUGCUGGAUGUGAUUGCACGACGUGCUGAUGGCGCCACUCGUGGUCAGGUGCUGCUCAAUGGCUCGCCACUGAGCAAGGCUCUGUUUCAGCAGCGCUGUGGCUAUGUGACGCAAUCCUGCACCUUUGUGCCUGGCCUGACGGUGGCUCAAACCUUGCACUACACGCCCACCAUUCUGGGUGGCUACUUAAAGAGCUCCAAGGUGCGUCAAGUGCUGGCUGAUUUGGCUCUCUCACAGGUGGCCCACAAGCGCGUAGAGUAUCUGAACAUCAGCGAAGCAAGGCGCUUGGCCAUCGGCAUACAGCUGGUCAGAGAUCCAGUCAUGUUGCUGCUGGAUGAACCCACUCAGGGACUGGAUCCACUCAGUGCCUACUUGCUCAUCUCCAUCUUGUCGAACACAGCCAAGAAGACAGGCUGUGGCAUUCUCCUUUCAUUGGAGAAGCCACGCUCCGAUGUGUUUCCAUUCUUGGAUCGUGCCUUGUUUCUGUGCUUGGGCGGUGUAGUUUAUUCUGGUGGCACUCGCGCCAUGCUGGAGUACUUCCAUGCUAUUGGUUUUCCUUGCCCUCAACUGGAGAAUCCACUCAUGUAUUAUCUGUGUUUGUCCACUGUGGAUCGUCGCAGUCGCGAUCGUUUCUUGGAGUCGAGUCAACAGAUUGAGGCGCUUGUGGAGCGUUUUUCUAGGGAAACUCCAAUAUCGGAUGCGCCGUUGAACAACAUGGGAACUGGCAAAGUACCGCUGGCCUAUGGCAAACCAGGCGAGCUCAAAGUCUGGUCCAUGCUCUAUCUCAAACUGUUGGCUUCCACAUUCUCCUGUGGGGUGGUGGGCAUGAAGACGCUUUUCCUGCGUAUGUUGCUAUUACCUUUAGCUAUGAGCUUGAUGUGGGGCUUUUACACCAAUGUGGGCGAUACUCCCAGCGGUUUCUUCACUAAGAAUGGCCUGAUAUUGAAUAUACUGGGACUGUCCUAUGGUUGUGGCAUCUUAACCACCAUAUCACUAUUUCCCAUUUGGCGCAAGAAGUUCUCACAGGACACUCCAGAAGGUCUCUAUUCGGGCACCACUUUACUCGUGGCUUACAAUGCCGUUUCCAUACCGUUCUCUAUAGCGUCUGCGGCGCUCGCCAGCUGCGUCGUCUAUCCUUUACUGCUAGACAGCAAGUUCAACAGCGCCACCAUCUUUGCUUACUUGCUGGUGGCGCUUUGGUCUAGUUUUGUGCUGGCCGAGCAGCUGUCCAUUGCCUUCCUGCUGGUGGUCAAGGUGCCCUUCAAUGCCGCCAUUGCCGUGACCUAUGUUUUGGUCAUAAGCAUUGCUUUGGCCAGCGGCACAGUGCGCUCAUUCAAGGGAUUGCAGCCCUGGUUGCAGGACAACACUAAGGGUACGCAUACGCGUUACGCCUCCUCGCUACUGCACAGCAUUGCUUUCCAGUCGCGCAAACCAAAUUGCACAUCCACCGCCUCUGUCGUUUGCCCCAAGGUGGCAGACUUCAUGCACGAGCGCUUGGGACUUCCCGAUCCAGAUGAAACAAUUGAUGUGGCUGCAUCGUGCGCUUUUGCUGUGGGCCUGGCCGCCUUCAAUAUGUUGCUCUAUUUGUUCCCAAUGCCACGCUGUGUGCGUCAGAAAUUUAAAGACUGAGGCGCCACUUCCGUUAACAUUAACUUUAACUUAACAUUUAAGGUGGCGAUGACACUAUCGCUGUUACUCCACCUCUAUUUAAGAUCUAUUUAAAAAGCACUAACAAUAAAUACCAAGAAAAAAUA